AUGGAACUAGGAAAUUCAAGUAUUCUUCAUAUGGGGGACAUAGUCUCCCUAUAUGCAGAAGGCAAUGUUUGUGGAUUUUUAAGCACUUUGGGGUUGGUAGAUGAUAGAUGCGUAGUAUGCCCAGAAUCGGGCAACCUAACGAAUCCACCAAAGAAGUUCAGGGACUGUUUAUUUAAAAUAUGUCCCAUGAACAGGUAUUCAGCCCAGAAGCAAUUCUGGAAAGCAGCCAAACAGAGCAUGAGCUCUAACACUGACACUAGUCUGUUAAAAAGAUUGCAUCAUGCCGCAGAAAUCGAGAAAAAACAAAAUGAAUCAGAAAAUAAGAAAUUAUUAGGCACAAAAGUGCAGUAUGGAAAUGUAGUACAGUUAUUACAUUUAAAGUCAAACAAGUACUUAACAGUAAAUAAGCGCCUUCCGGCGUUAUUAGAGAAGAACGCAAUGCGAGUGUACUUAGAUAGUAACGGUAACGAAGGUUCAUGGUUUUACAUCUUGCCUUUCUAUAAGCUUAGAGCUACGGGUGAUAAUAUAGUCCUUGGUGACAAAGUGAUUCUAAAUCCGCUUAGUCCUGGCCAACAACUGCAUGUUUCUAAUCACAAAUUGCCAGAUAAUCCUAGUUGUAAGGAAGUUAACAUUGUUAACGGAAACACAUCGUGGAAAGUUACGCUUUUCUUGGAACAUAAGGAAAAUUUAGAGGACAUUCUAAAAGGAGGAGACGUGGUUCGGUUGUUUCAUGCUGAACAAGAGAAAUUUUUAACUAUGGAUGAGUAUAAGAAGCAGCACCAUGUGUUUUUGAGAACUACGGGUCGCACUAGUGCUACGGCAGCAACAAGUAGUAAAGCUCUAUGGGAGGUAGAGGUUGUUAAACAUGAUCCUUGUAGAGGUGGAGCAGGUAACUGGGACUCCUUAUUCCGCUUUAAACAUCUAGCGACAGGGCAAUAUUUAGCAGUAGAUGUAGACAACGAGCAUGUAGAGGUGGAAGAAGACAAAAACAAAGUUAACGAAGCUGAACGAAAUACCGAAAAUCGCCGAUACCACCUAGUACCUCUAGGCUGCCUUUACGACAUAGCAACCUUGUUUGAAUUAGAUCCGACAAGUUUAACAAGGGCCGAUUCCUUGGUACCCCAAUCGAGCUACGUGCGGUUACACCACAUGAUUACCAACAGCUGGGUUCAUUCUACUUCGGAGUCCAUAGACAAAGACGAAGAAAAGCCAGUCAUGUCAAAAGUUGGGUGCGCAGUGACUAAAGAAGACAAGGAGGCAUUUGCGGUAAUUGCUGUAUCGCCAGUUGAAGUCAGAGAUUUAGAUUUUGCUAACGAUGCUUGUAAAUUGCUAUCUUCUUUGUCAGUCAAACUAGAGCAAGGUACAAUCUCACACAACGAAAGACGAUCCUUGACAACUCUUCUCCAUGACAUUGUUUAUUUCAUCGCAGAACUGGAAAACGAGCAAAAUAAAACCGAAGCAUUAGAGUUAGUGGUCACCAAUCCCAAUCGAGAUCGACAGAAACUGUUAAGAGAACAAUCCAUACUUAAACAACUCUUCAGGAUAUUACAGGGUCCUUUUUUGGACAGUGGUGGGGAAGGACCGUUUCUAAAAAUAGAAGAGCUAAACGAUCCGAGACAUGCACCGUAUAAACACAUAUUUAGGCUGUGUUAUAGAAUUUUGAGGCUAAGUCAGCAAGAUUAUAGAAAAAAUCAAGAAUACAUAGCCAAACAUUUCGGAUUCAUGCAGAAACAGAUUGGAUAUGACAUUUUGGCGGAGGAUACGAUUACAGCAUUGCUGCAUAAUAACAGGAAACUGUUGGAGAAGCAUAUAACUCCAGCAGAAAUUGAAACUUUCGUAGGAUUAGUCAGAAAAAAUAUGAACAACUGGGAAUCUCGUUUUUUGGACUACUUAUCUGAUCUUUGUAUAUCUAAUAAAAAGGCGAUACCCGUAACUCAAGAAUUGAUAUGUAAAAGUGUCUUAAGUCAGAAAAACGCCGAUAUUCUCAUUGAUACCGAAAUGGUUAGCACACAAGUAGAAGUACAAGAAGUUAAUGAAGAUGGAUCGAUAGAACGAGAAGAUGAAUCUCUGAUAACUGACGUAGAAGAAAUUCAACUACUGUACGGCACUCCUCGUAAAUCUGUAUUUUUAAGUGACCUUUGCAGGAAUGCAAAGUUGGGAAUGAAAGAAGAUCAAGCCAUUUUAGAUUAUUACAGACACCAACUGGAUUUGUUUUCGAAUAUGUGUCUCAAUAGACAAUACUUAGCCUUGAAUAAUUUAUCUCCUCGAUUGUCCAUUGAGCUUAUACUGAAAUGCAUGUCAGAUGAAUCUGUUAGUUUCGACCUGAGGGCGUCUUUUUGCCGACUGAUGCAAAACUUACACGUUGAUAGAGAUCCUCAAGAGUUGGUAACUCCAGUAAAAUAUGCUAGGCUUUGGUCAGAAAUACCAUCUCAGAUGUCUAUUUCAGAUUAUGAUUCAAAUAAAACUCCAAAUGCAAAUAAGGAAGCUGUGAGAGAAAACUUUUCAUCAACUAUAGCAUUUGUUGGAGAAUAUCUAUGUAAUGUAGUGGCUAAAAUGUGGUCGUUUGCGGAUCAAGAACAGAACAAAUUGACUUCUGAGGUGGUGAAAUUAGCUAGAGAACUAAUAUAUUUUGGUUUUUAUAGUUUCUCUGAUUUGCUUAAAUUAACAAAAACUUUACUCAACAUUUUAGAUUGUGUUUCUGAGAGUGAUUUCUUGGAUGGACGUGUACCAUCAGUAGACAUAGACUCAGAAGGAGGUGUAUUAAGAACAAUAGGUGACAUGGGAGCUGUUAUGACAUCACUUACUUUAGGCUCAGGAGGUAGGGGUGGUUUAUCCCCUAACUCUGUGCCCCAUGGAAAAGCAAUACAGUAUAUGAAAGAAUAUCCAUUGGUAAUGGAUACCAAGCUAAAAAUUAUUGAAAUAUUACAGUUUAUUUUGGACGUUAGAUUGGACUACCGUAUUAGCUGCUUGUUGAGUAUAUUUAAACAAGAGUUCGAUGAAAACGAGAAAAAUUCAAGUGUUAGUGGAGAUGUUAACCUGGGACAAAAAAAUAUCGACUUAGAACGCAUUGCCAGUCAAGCGGAAGGUAUAUUUGGCAGUAGUGAGGAGUGCGCUGUGUUAGAUCUGGACGGGCAUGGUGGACGAACGUUUCUAAGAGUUUUGUUGCAUUUGACGAUGCACGAUUAUCCGCCGUUAGUUUCUGGAGCUCUGCAGUUGAUGUUUAGACAUUUUAGCCAACGCCAGGAAGUACUCCAAGCCUUCAGGCAAGUCCAGCUGCUAGUUUCAGACAGUGACGUUGAGUCUUAUAAACAGAUUAAAGCAGAUUUAGACGUUUUAAGGCAAUCGGUAGAAAAGUCGGAGCUUUGGGUUUACAAAUCAAAGUCAUUAGAUGAUCACACUCCUACCAAGAAAGGCAAAGAGGAUGAAGAAGAAUCUACGACAACUACGAAAGCGCCACCUAUGGGUGUGUUGGAAAAGAAAGGAUCUGCUAUUAAUCUCGAUGUUGGCCCUCCUUUACACCAAGACCAAGCUGAUGAGUACAAGAAAAUACAACAGAUCCUUAUACGAAUGAACAAAUUAUGCACACACGGUUCGCUCGGUGGAAUUAUUAAGCCCCAGAAGCACGAACAAAGGCUUUUACGAAAUGUCGGAGUUCACACAGUCGUCUUAGAUCUUUUACAGGUACCAUAUGACGAAAAAGAAGACAUUAGAAUGAAUGAACUGAUGAGGCUGGCUCAUGAGUUCUUGCAAAACUUUUGUCUAGGAAAUAAACAGAACCAAGUGUUGCUUUAUAAGCAGUUGGAUCUGUUUCUUAAUCCUGGGAUUCGAGAAGCCCAGACCGUUUGUUCAAUAUUCCAGGACAAUUCAAAAUUGUGCAAUGAGGAAAAUGAAAAAGUCAUACAGCAUUUUGUCCAUUGUAUAGCUACACAUGGAAGACAUGUGCAAUACUUGAAGUUCCUGCAGACUAUAGUAAAAGCAGAAAAUAAGUUUAUUAGAAAAUGUCAAGAUAUGGUCAUGCAAGCAUUAAUUAAUGCUGGAGAAGACGUUUUGGUGUUUUAUAAUGACAGAGCCUCGUUUAACCACUUCAUAGAGAUGAUGCGUUCUGAACGUCAUUGUAUGGAUGAAGGUAGUCCACUAAAAUAUCAUGUAGAGUUGGUAAAAUUGCUCGCUUGUUGUACCAUGGGAAAAAAUGUGUACACUGAAAUAAAGUGUCAUAGUUUACUGCCUCUAGAUGAUAUAGUGACGAUGGUAAUCCAUUCUGAUUGUAUACCUGAAGUUAAAGAGGCCUAUGUAGGCUUUUUGAAUCAUUGCUACAUAGAUACUGAGGUUGAAAUGAAGGAGAUAUAUAAUUCGAGUCAUAUGUGGACACUGUUUGAAAAAUCUUUCCUUGUGGACAUGGCAGAUAUAGCAACGGCACCAAACGACAGAAAACACUCUGACAAGGCACUUGAAAAUUACGUUACGAACUGUGUCAUGAAUAUAAUUUCUACUUUCUUUAAUAGCCCUUUUUCUGAUCAAAGUACGACAGUCCAGAAACAUCUGCAUGAAGCGAGGGUCUUUUGGAGCGACUCAACAAUGGAUGAUUACGAUCCUUUCUCGGGUAAUGUUCAACUCAAACAAUCUCCAUUUUCUACUAACACAAGGCAACCCAUUUUUGUACAGCUAUUGCAAUCAGCAUUCAGAGUAUCUCAGUGUCCUUGGCUAGCCGCAUCACAACGCUUUAAUGUUGAAAAUUGUAUUCGUACUCUCUCUGAAGUUGCUAAGAAUAGAGGUAUUGCUAUACCCCUCGAUCUAGAAAGUCAAGUAUCUGCUAUGUUUAACAGAGCUACAAUUUUAACAAGGCAAACCAGUAAAUGGUUGCAGGCUGCUAAAACUCCAAAGAUGGAAAGAUCUCAGUCACAGAUUAUUCGGCUUGAUAGGAGUAUCAUAGAAGGUUUACAAGAUAUAGUAUCAGUACUAGAAGACCAAUUAAAACCACUGGUACAGUCAGAGCUUUCCUUGUUGGUUGACGUGUUGUACAGACCGGAAUUACUGUUUCCACCAGGCACUGAACCUCGAAAAAAAUGUGAAAGUGGAGGUUUCAUAAGAAGGUUAAUUAAACAUACAGAAAAGCUAAUGGAAGAAAAGGAGGAAAAGCUUUGUGUGAAAGUACUACGGACGUUAAGGGAGAUGAUGGCUAUUGAUUGCGAAUAUGGUGAAAAGGGUGAUGUUUUGAGGAACAUACUGUUAGCGAGAUACUUUGAAAAGGCAUACAUUCUUAAUAACAACUCGGUUGAAUUAGGAAGCACGCUUCCGCUACCAGCCACUCAUGGUCCAGGAGCUAAAAUCUUAAGUAGGGCAGGAAGAACUCUACAUGAAGUCCAAACACACCUGGAUAGGGAGGGAGCUUCUGAUUUAGUGGUAGAGCUGGUCAUUAAAAGCGGAAAUUCACCCUCGAUAUUUAGCGAAGCUGUUGAAUUAGGUAUAGCUCUCCUUGAAGGAGGAAACCCCAUAAUUCAAAAGAGUAUGUUCAAUAAACUAGUUGGUGGUGAUAUGAGUCAAUCUUUCUUUCGGGUAUUUCACGAUAAAAUGAAAGAUUCACAACAAGAAAUAAAAUCAACAGUGACGGUGAACACAUCUGAACUGGCAGCGAAAGCUCAAGAAAGCAAACAGGAUGGAAAAGAGGGAGAUAAAGUUUCUAGGAAAUCUGAUAGUAAAUCAAACGGAAUCAUGAUUUCGCCUGAACUAAGAGAUGAACUAGGUGAAAAUGUAGAGACAAAUGCUCAAGUUCUAGCCAAUAUUCGUUUGGUGUCCGUAGAAGAUGGAACAUUAAACUCAACUGCCUCUUCUCUAGAAGAUUUGUUAGCUGAAAAAUCGGAAAAGCAAAGAGACCGGGAAGAUCAAAAUGGUCUGUCUAAUAAAGUGUUGAUUAUGCAGCCGAUCUUAAGGUUUUUGCAGUUGUUGUGUGAAAACCACAAUGCGUCAUUACAGAAUUUAUUACGAAACCAAAACAAUAAAAGUAAUUUUAACUUAGUGUCCGAAACCUUAAUGUUUUUGGAUUGUAUUUGCGGAUCUACCACAGGAGGUUUGGGCCUGCUCGGUCUGUAUAUAAAUGAAAAUAACGUCGCGCUGAUUAACCAAACUUUAGAAACUUUGACUGAGUAUUGUCAAGGACCUUGCCACGAGAACCAAAACUGCAUAGCUACUCAUGAAUCGAACGGAUUGGAUAUUAUAAUAGCGUUAAUUUUGAAUGAUAUUAAUCCUCUUGGAAAAACUAGAAUGGAUUUGGUUUUGGAGCUCAAAAAUAAUGCUUCAAAGUUAUUAUUAGCUAUAAUGGAAAGUCGAGGUGACAGUGAAAACGCUGAGAGGAUUUUAUCAAACAUGAUCCCUAAGCAAUUGGUCGAUGUUGCUUGUAACGCUUUCCACCAAGGAGAUGCGAAGGAAACCGUCGAUGAUUCUGAUGAUAUGGUAUCUCCAAGAGAUGUAGGUCACAAUAUUUGGAUAUUAUGCCACCAGUUAGCUCAACACAACAAAGACUUGGCGUCUUUAUUAAAACCAGCCGAAAACGGAGAAUCCAAAACGCAAAAGGCUGUAUCGUACUAUGCUCCUCAUACUGCACAAAUUGAAAUCGUCCGACAAGAUCGUACUCUGGAACAAAUAGUCUUCCCUAUACCAGAAAUCUGCGAAUAUUUGACUGAAGACACCAAAGUUAAAGUCCUUAACACUGCCGAAAGAGACGAUCAAGGAUCCAAAGUUGCUGACUUUUUUGACAGAACUGAACCCAUGUUUAACGAGAUGAAGUGGCAAAAAAAACUUAGAGCACAACCUGUAUUGUUUUGGGUCAGUAACUAUAUGUCUCUAUGGAGUAACAUCCUGUUCAACUGUGCUGUACUUAUUAAUCUCAUCGUGGCUUGUUUUUAUCCAUUUGAUAACAUUGUUCCAACCAUUAGUUCCACAAUAUCCGUACUUAUUUGGUUUGCCAUGCUAUCUUCAUCUGCAAUAGUAGUAACGUUACCUAGAGAGACGGGAAUCAGGACUUUAGUAGCAUCCACAAUUUUACGACUGAUAUACUCACUUGGUCCAGAACCCACACUUUGGUUAUUGGGCACUGUGACAAUUUUAUUAAAAUGCAUACAUCUAGUCAGCAUCAUGGGAAACCACGGUACUCUUACCAAAACUUACCAACAGAUUUUGACCGAUGCGGAGUUGUUGUACCACUUGGGUUAUCUGAUUUUUUGCAUCUUAGGACUUAUUAUGCAUCCGUUUUUCUACAGUGUUCUACUCUUUGAUGUUGUAUAUCGUGAAGAAACCUUAUUGAAUGUGAUCCGUUCCGUCACUAGAAACGGUCGAUCGAUCGUUUUAACCGCAGUCUUAGCCUUAAUUCUAGUAUACAUGUUCUCUAUUAUUGGAUAUAUGUUCUUCAAGAAUGAUUUCAUAGUUAGUGUAAACAAAAAAGAUGAAACCUGUGAAACCAUAUCUGAGAUGACCGGUAAACAUUAUCAAGAAGAUGAAACCGGUAAAUAUUGCGAGCUUGUAGAUGCUGGAGAAGAAAGACAAGAGCGAGCCUGUGAUUCUUUAAGAAUGUGUAUUAUUACUACGCUGAACCAAGGUUUAAGAAAUGGAGGGGGUAUUGGUGAUAUUUUAAGAGCUCCCAGUAGUGAAGAAUCUCUAUUUGUUGCAAGAGUGGUAUAUGACUUACUAUUCUUCUUCGUCGUUAUAAUUAUUGUACUUAAUUUGAUUUUUGGUGUUAUUAUCGAUACUUUUGCGGACCUUAGAUCUGAGAAGCAACAAAAGGAGCUGAUUUUGAAAAAUACAUGCUUUAUUUGUGGUUUAAACAGAUCUGCGUUCGACAACAAGAUCGUGAGCUUUGAAGAUCAUAUUAAAUGUGAACAUAACAUGUGGCACUACCUGUACUUCAUCGUUCUGAUCAAAGUCAAGGACCCUACAGAAUUCACCGGUCCUGAAAGCUACGUAUACGCUAUGGUGAAAGCCGCAAACCUAGAAUGGUUUCCGAGAUUGCGGGCGAUCUCCUUGGCAGCAGUAGAAGGAGAAGGGGAACAAAUCGAGUUCAAGAGUCUUCAAGGUCAACUACAAAAGACCGAAAUGUUGGUAACCACUCUAAGCCAGCAGCUCAUGGAGUUGAAGGACCAAAUGGCGGAACAAAGGAAACAGAAACAGCGGCUGGGCCUGCUGAGUUCCAACUCAGCUUAUUUACAGACUUCUAAUCUCAAUUAGAUUCUAGUCUUUAACCUUAUAAACUAGGGCUGUAUGUGGAUAUUUGAUAAAUAAAUAUUAGGGACAUUUUUAUUUCAAGGAAUAUCACUUUUAUUCACUUUUAAUUAUUCUUGCCAGAUUAUAUUUCACGCACAUUUUUAAAUCAACAGAGAUAUUUCUUGUUACCAUGGUGUGAGAUAAUCGUAUUUACCUCUUUCCUUACACCUUUUUUUCUUCUAUGUGGUUAUUUACUGCCCGGUAAAUGAUUUCGGAAAAGCAAUCACAGUGUAAAUUUUCAACAUUCUUAACUUACCAGUACUUCAUGAAAAAAAAUAAUGAUCUUGAACUACAAUUGAUUAAAUUUGUUGACCUAAUAUUUUUUAUAAAUAUCUACAACUUAGCCUAGUAGGAAAAUAGAUUUUUCAAUGCUCAAACUUCGAACUUAGGAGAUUUAGAAUAGUUUCCUAGCCAAAAUAUUCGAUUAUUUCCAAGAUUUUUGGGCCAUUUGUUUCGAUUUUUGAUUUCGGUUUGUGGGUUCUGCUCCAGUUUUUAAUCUCGUCCUCGAUAUUGCACAAUUUAGUGUGUGGCAGUUCCUAUCAAUCGAAAAAAAUUAAUUUUUUAUAGUUUUAAAGUUCCCAGUGAUAAUUAUUUUAAUAAAAAUUAUUUUCUAGUACAUAACUGAUUGUCUUAUAUUCACUGUUUUUUGUUGCGAAGUGUUAUUUAUGUUAUAUUUUUGUAUCGAAUGUUACACAGCGUAAUAAGCAAAGUAUAAGUCGGGAUUUUAAGUGGGAUGAAUCAAAAAAUAUAUAAUACUAUUUUGUUUGUUUUUUGGGAAUUAUAAAAAAGACAUAUCGCUGAGCAAUUAAGUUCUUUAAGAAAAUCUACUCUAAUGGCGUGUCACAAAAGUAACCCCAAUUUGAUUUAAAAAAUGUUUAUGGCUUUUGGAUACGCUUUAGCUUUACUCGAAGACUUUCAUUCAACAGAUACUUAAACCUUUUUCUCACCUCGUCUUUAUGUUCGAUUGCUAGAGAUUUUUCGGUUCUUGUUGAGCGACCUAUAUGUACGAUUCGACCUUGUAUGACCUGUAACUAGAUGUAAUUCCAUAGUUUCCCGAUGACUGCUUCCUCUUCUUUGUUCAUUUUGUUUGUUUUUGGUCUUCUCUUGUCCCAAAAGAAGCCGAUCGUUCUUUGCUUUUACUGCCACACAAAGUUACCGACCACAACCUAGUAUGAAGAGCUCCUUUAACACAACAAGGUUUCAUGACUCCCGUCAGGAAAAUAUAGCUUAACUAUCGAAUAGUAUAUUUGGUAAAUAAUUUCCAUAACUUUGUUGAAAAAUAGGCAUGUUUAACGGUUGUAAUAAUCUUUUUGCGUAAAUAUGAAAUUCAACACAAUUUCCUUCUUCAAGGUGUGGAGGUUGUGGUAUAAACCAUUAACUUUAACUAAAAGCAGAGGGAGAUAGACAACCUAAAGAAACAGACCAGGAAAUGAUUGGAAAUCUAUAUCUUACAGUUUACCAAAAACUGGCUUAGCCUAUCUCAUCAUUAACCACCAUUAAUUAUUUUCGCCUUUAUUCAGUUUAACAGGUCUUAGAGGCCCAUGACUUGAAAGUUUUCUACUAUCUUCUAUUUUUCAGUUUUUAUUCUCAUUUUCAUGCUUCCAGCUACUAUUUUCCUGGUCCAGCUCGAACAUCUAGCUCUAGUUUGCUGGAGGAUCCAGCUUCCCUUCUCUUGUGUUCUAUCUCCAUACUCUAAUCUAUUUUAACUUUCGUACUAAUUUACCUCUAUUUCGAAUCUUUUCCGACAAUUCAUCGAACAUUUUCUUCUCCCACACUGUCAAAUCACCGUUAAUAUAAAUUGUUCUGCUGUAAAAUAUUAACAGACAUGUUUUGUCUCAUAUUCUUGUCAGUAACAAUGUACUUAAUAAAAGUCAUGUUUUUUACGAUUAUGCUUGCUCAAACAAAAAUUCGAAGAUAUUCGUGUAUACUAGUACCAAAUCUAUAAAAACCGCAUUGUAAGUUCGUUUUGAACACCUCCAGAUAAUCGCCGCAUACACAAAUGACAUACUUGUGACAUUCACACUGCACUUUUAUUCGAUUAUUAGGACUCAAUUGCUCCCGAUAAAUUUUUGUACAUUAUGACCGAAAUUACAUAUACCUAUAGAUAUUAUUGCCUUACUAACUGAAUUUUCCAAGAAAAUUGAUCCUAUAAUGAAUAAUUUUUUAUUAAAUGGAAUUUAUUGGAAUAUUGCGUUAACUUUUGGACACCUAUGUAACAAUUUCGUGAAAUAUUCGAUAUAAAUGUAUAAGUUAUAUCUGUAGUUGAAUAUAGUUUACUAGGUUCUUUGUUAAAUCUCAUAAACUAGAUCUGUUGUAUAACUUUUCUACAUUUAGUAGUUAUAAAAUAUUUAAUGUUAAAAACAAUAUUAAAGAAUGAAAAGAAAAACGAAAAUUUAUAUUAAUGUUAAAUGUUUCAAUAUAUUUAAAUUGCUCUAAUUGAAUGGUCCUUAAUAUUACAUUGUUUUACAAAAUUACCUGAAAAAUGCAGUUAAUAACGAACUGUGCGUUGGGAACAGCAUAAUACUGAUGACUGUUUUAAGCACAUUGGUUUUUUUCUUUCUUAUAUUUUAUUGUUAUUUUCUCUUGCCUGUUAAAAUAGUUCUAAACGGUUUUUUUUUUAUUUUUAUUUGCAUCUUAAGGAUCAAUUCGUUAAAAUUAAAUGUCAAUAGUUGUUGGAAAUUUGAAUUCGUUACUUCAUAGAAUACAACUUUUGUUAAAUUUGUGUUCUGCCUUGUGGUUUAAGGGUAUUUAAGCAAUAGUUUUUUUUGUAAUGUUUGUUGUACUUUGAAUCUUCUGUAAAACGUUUAUCCUCAAUAUAUUUCUAUAUUACGUUG